UUUCAGCACUGAAAAUGUUCGAACGGCAAACUGGAAAUGGGAAUGGCAACAAAAUGAAUAUGAGGAUAGUGAUUCUCGAUGAAUUGUUGAGCAGAGAAAUGGAUGGAAGCAACGAUGGAUCGUCAGCAAGAGUAAAUUCAUUGAAGCACGUGAUAAAAAGGAACAAAAUGGAUAUGGCAGACGAUGCACCAUCUUCGUUGGAUCUAAUGAGACGGAUUUUCCAAGCGGAAAUAUCGAGAGAAAUCCAUCAGAUUAUGGAGAGGCAUACUAGAACAACGCUAUUACCAGCUAUCGAAAAUCUCCGCAAAAAUGGGCAUGUUGUUGACGAAUCAGUUUUGAAUGGUUUGUACUGUAACAUUUUGGAGGCUGCAAAGAAGCCAUAUCAAAAAGAUCCGGAGCCUAUGCCACCGAUUUGUACAAAUGGAAAUGGGUUCCUUGAUAUCAACAGUCAAGAACAUGAGAAUAAUUUAAAGAGAGGAUACGAAUCGGAUAGCUCAGACGUGUCUGGAGUCAGCCACUGCUCCGAUGCUAAAAGACGACGAGGUCGUCCACGUAAAGAUGAAGAAGCAUAUCGACUAGAAAUGACGCCACCGACAAUGAACGAAGUCAUUCGGUGGAAUCCGGACAGAAUCGAUGUGAACACCCGUUUUAUAACGGCGACAAAAAUUGCGCAAGUGAUGGGAAUGCCCCCGUCGAUUCUGUUCAACAAGUAUCCACGAAUGUUUAGAUAUUCCUGCGAUGAAGAUGACAAAAAUAUUCUACAUGAGCAAAAUCUUCUCAUCAGGGCACCCGGUAGAUGCUAUCUUCUGGUUGCAGAAGAUGCUCGUCAGCUAGUUCCCUCCACUUACUUCCAAGAUGUCCUCAACGUCUCAUUCCUCAUCUCCGAGCCACUGCUAUCAAAAAUUCGCCAAAAAGCGGCAUCAACCUACGAGAAGUACAAAGUCUUUCUGCCCACACAACCGAAUAAUUAUCUCUGAAAUGUUUCUAGUCGUUUUUGUAUUUUAAAGCACAUUCCCAAUUCUGAAUACUUUUCUGAAAUCCAUGAAAUGGAACUUGAAUCCAGUUUUCACUAAAACGACCUCAUACACUUUCUCUCGUAUCCUCAAAAUAUCUAUGACAUUAUCAUUAGCUUCGCUAGUUUCAUUUCUUUCAAAUAUUAUGCAUUCUUAAAUUCCGAUACCCGCGUGCAAAAGUGCUCUAUUGAGCAACUUUGGGAUCAUAUGUACACACCAAUGCCCUUUUCCCAAAUCUUUUCCUGUCCUUUUCUCUAAAAACAAUAAAUCCAUGCCUAUUCC